AUGGACGGGCCGCGCUUUGAGAAGUGGUUCGGUGAACAACUUUUGCCCAAUAUCAAGCCGUGCAGUGUCAUUGUAAUGGACAACGCACCGUACCACAGCGUCCGCCUCGAGAGAGUUCCAACAUCGUCAUCUCGAAAGGCUGACAUUCAGUCGUGGCUGACAGAAAAGAACAUCGCGUUUUCACAAGACCAAUUGAAAGCUGAGCUGUUGGAUUUGGUGAACGACCACAAGAAGAUGUUUUCCGCCUAUCGCGUGGAUGUUUUGGCGAAGGCUGCCGGUCACGACGUCGUGAGGCUUCCUCCGUAUCAUUGCGAAUUUAACCCGAUCGAACUGAUAUGGAGCCAGGUGAAAGGUUACGUCGCUGCUAACAACACAACAUUCACCCUUGCCGGCGUUGAAAAACUGGUGCGUGAAAGCAUCGAUCGCGUAACGCCAGACAACUGGCUCCAGGCAUGUGCUCAUGUGAAAAAAAUCGAAGAGGACUUGUGGCAACGUGACGGCCUCAUCGACUCAAAGCUCGACCAGCUUAUAAUUCCACUCGGGUCAGAGUCCAGCACCGAGAGUGACGGUAGUGACAGUAACAUGAGCGAACUGGAAUACCUCACAUGA